CCCCUCCCCAGGGCUUGCUGCGCCGGGAGGGGCUCCGGCCCCGCGCUGCCAUGAAGGUGGCGGCUCUGUGGGCGGGCGCCCUCCUCUCCAGGCUGCGCCGCGCCCCGCCGGGCCCCAGCCCGCGCUCGGCUCCCGGUGCCACCGACAAGGAGCCCGGGGCGCGGGCGGAGGCAGAGGGGCUGCUGCUCAUCACCCCGCCCGACAUCGGGGAGGAGGCGGAGGCCGAGGGCGACCAGGCGGCCGGCAUUCCGCGGCACCCCGCGAAGGGACUGUCCAUAGGUUCCCCAAAUCGGUGUCUCUCUGGAAAAAAUGGAGCGUCUCUUCCAUCAGUUUUUGCAAGAAAUGUGCAAGAAGCCAUUGACAAUUAUACUUGCAAGACACUUUCAUCACUUUCUUCUAGUGGUUGUACAACACCCACAGAGUUGAAUAAUACUUGGCCUGGAAUAAACAGCUAUACUACCAGUUUGUCUACUGAAAGAAGUUCGGUUUACUCCUGGCGGGAUGAUGAAUUUGAUAAAGCAAACACACAGAAGGUCCAUCAGUUAUUUUGGGAGAUUGAUGAAAUGCUGUUUGAAGGAAAAGUGACCUCCCAAACAGAGAACCUGCAGGCAGAAUGUGCAGAUUGGGUUGAACAAUUUCCUCAUAUAAGGGUUCUAGGAAAGCAGCUCCUAGUGCCAAAAGAUGAAGGCUUUCAGCAUUUUCAGAGCAAAAAUGAUGCCCGUGUAGAUACUAAGAGUGUGCCUGGCCUCCUUGAAUGUACUGGUCAUACAAAAGAGCUCUGCAUCUCAGGAUCUAAACUGAUCCCAACAGCAUUUCCAAUACAUACAUCACUGGAUUCAAGUUCCACUAGGAUUUCUUCUUCAGACUCAGCCAUGUAUUCCUUCCUGGAAGAAGAAAUUUAUGAUGAGGAUGGAAAAAUAGAGGAAUAUCUUGCCUUUGACAACAAGGAACUUGAGGAUGAGAUUUGGGAACAAAAGAAAAUGCGUCUUUCUGAGAAGAGGUGUAAGCGUGGCAUCCCCCCUGUUUCUCCCAAUGCCUGUAUCAAAGAUGCUGUUACUUCUGAAGUAUUUGAUCAUAUCUGGAGCAGUGUCAUUGGAAUAUUGGAGGAACUGAUUAAAAAAAAUUGGGAAACUAAUGUCCCAGAGUGUGACCAACAAAUAGAAAAACUGAAAACUGUUACAGAAAAACUGCCGCGUUUGCCAGUCAUUCAUAUUACAGCAGAUGCUGGGACCAUUCCUCUUUCCAGAGGCUAUGAAGCACGAAGUGUAUCUUUUGGGGCUCAUUCUGUUUCAUCACAGGUUUACCGUUUCUCCAACAACUUCUGUACUGAUCUGCGUGGUGUGAUGACAAUUCAGGCAAAACCACUCCAACAGAGGCAUGCUACCACAGCAGAAAAAAUACAGAAUGAGCAAGAAGACAAACAGCACAGCAUUGCCUACAGCACUCCAAAUUCAGCCCAUGGUAGACUGGGGACAACUUCUGCUAACAGUGUUCUCUCAUCAUCUCCAGUUCUGCUGGCAUCUUCUAGGAAACUACCAAGGUUACCUUCUCUCACCUCUGACCAACCCUGUUCAGAAGUUCCUAAUAUGUACCAUGAUGAAAUCUGUAAAGGGAUGAAAUUGGUUGGCAGCCGGGAUCGUUUGUCUCCUGCUUGUGCACCUGCAACCCAGAACAAGUUACCACCAAUAAACUCUGAGGUUGUGGAACAACGUGUUUCAGUACCUCGAAUGCAACAGAGCUUUCAUCAAGAACGAUGUGCUCAUAGCAGAGUGUCAAGUGCAGUAGCUGGCACGACAGAGCAACAGCCACUCAGAGAAAGAACUGUUACUGUUGAUCAAUUUUCAAGACCCAACACAACUCAUACAUUCAGGAGAGACACACCUCAGAAGUCACUGACUUCCAUGGAUUUUGCUAACCACAGAAGAGCUGGUCAAGGAUUUUUGAUAACAGGUUCGCAGAAUUACUCCAGAUCCUUUCAGAGAAAUCCUCCAACCUCAAGGAAGAAAUUUCAGAUUGCUUCAUAACCUGUUUUAGGAAGAAACAUAAACACUCUACACUGAAUGAAAGACUGAAGCACUAAAUUUGCCACUUAGUAUCUUGUGUAACAAAGAAGGUGUGCAUAUGCUGGUGGUGUCUGCUGAGACUUGCAAUCCUCAGGAUGCCUGCAUUACCUUCUUUUAAAAUUAUUUGACCAGAGGUUAGAUUAAAAAUUAGAGUAAAAUGAAAUAAAUGGUUGAGGUGUCUUCUCUGUUUGCAGUAUCAAGAGACUGUGGCUGCACUUUCUUCUCAGGCAUUCCUCCUUUUUAUGCCUUUCCUAGAGAAUUAUUUUUCUACCUAUCAAAUAAGAUACAUUUAGAUCAUAAAGUGCUGUUCCUGCUUUUUUUGUUUCCUUAAAGGUGUUCUAGUCUAUCUAGAUAUUAGUCAUAUAUAAAGUUUAUACUUUUAAAUUUAUACUUUUAAACAGGAGUUUGCAGUACUUCAACUGCUAUUUUAACAUUUCUUCAUUUUUCAAUCUGUCUCAUUAUUAUAUUAUUAUAAUAUUUGAUCUCUUACAAAUAUUAUCUGUACCAACCUUUUUUUCUUCUUCCUUUAAUUCUUUUGAAAUCUCAUUUAUUGCUGUUCUAAUCAUCAGCAACUAUGGGAAUUGCUGAGAUAAACUUUGUUUACAGCAAGUAAUGUUUUCCCUUCCAAGCCAAACAUAUUUGUAGAUGCCGAGCAAUUGAACCACAUGCUGACAAAUCUGUAAGACCAUUCUCACUUUUUGAGAUUUCUUGUACAAAUUAAGAGAAGAACAGAAUAACAAGUGUCUGUUUCUGCAGCUUAAAAAGGAAGAUUUUCUAAUUACUAGAGCAAUGGAUUGCUCUCGGGUGGCAAGAGAGAGGAAGAAGGAUGUUUGCUGUCUACCAGAAGUAUUUUAACACUUCUCACUUUUGGUCAGUUUUUGGGCACCUGACAUCUUACAUCCUAAUAGUCAUUAUAGACUCAUUCCAGGUUGGCAGGUACCUCAAGGAUCAUCUGGUCCAAUCUUUGCUGGCAAAAGCACAGUCUGGAUAAGAUGGCCCAUCCCCCUUCCAGCUGAAUUGUAAGUGUCCAAUGUUGGAGAAUCCAUCACUUCCCACAUAGUGGAGAGAUUAUUCCAAUGGCUGAUUAUUCUCAUUGUGGAAAGUUUUCCUCUCGUGUCCAGUUGGAAUCUUCCCAGGUGUAACUUGCACACACCACUCCUCACUUUUCCAUAAGACUCCAUAUGAAAAGGGAAUUUCCAUCUUAGCAGCCACGCUUUAAAUACAGGAAUACAGUGAUAAGGUGUGCCUAAGCUUCUUUUUUCCAAGCUGGACAAAUCCAGUUUUCUCAGCCUUUCCUCACAUGACAGGCUAUCCAAUAAUUUGGUCACCGUUGUUGCCCUUUGCUGCACCUUCUCUACCCGGUCCACUAUCUUGUAUAGCAGGGACCAAAACUGAACACAGUAUUCCAGGCUGGCCUGACCAGAACUGAGUAGAGUGGUAUAGUUACUUUAUCUCUCCUGGUGUUGAUGCAGCCAAGUCUUGUAUUGCCUUUCUUUGCUGCAGCAAUAAACUGUUCACUCACAUUGAGCUGUUUGUGUGCCAGGUCCCUUUCCGUAGAGCUGUUCCCUAGCCAGCCUGUGCUGCUCUCCUGGAUUAUGUUUUGCCACGUGCAGGACCUUAUAUUUGUCCUUAUUGAACUUCAUAAGGUUCUUGUUAGCCUAAAUUUUCAGCCUGUCCAGGUCCUCCUGCAGGGUGGCUCUCCCUUCCAAAGUGUCCGCUGCCUCACUCACUUUGGUAUUACUGACAAACUUCACCCAGGUACACUUGAUCCCAUAAUCCAAGCCACAGAUGAUGCUAAACAGCGUUGGACCCAGUAUCAUUCCCUGGGGGAAUUCCACUUGUGGCAGUUGCCAGUGUGAAAGGGAGCAAUUUAUUACAACCCUCCAGGCGUGGCUGGUCAGUCAGUUCCCCACCCACCGCAUGGAUCCCACAUCCACACCAUCACAUAGACAUUUCUGUAGGAGGAGGCCGUGGGAAGCCGUAUCAGAAGCCUUGGAGAUAUCCAGGUAGACAACGUUCACCACUGGCCCCACAUCAACCAAGCGGAUUCAUUUGUUGUAAGAGUCAAUCAGGUUUGUCAAGCACAAUUUGUCCUUGGACAAUCUGUGCUGGAUUUUCCUAAUCAUGGGCUUCAUUUGAUUUGUAACAGCCCCCAGGAAAUUUUGUUCUAUAGGUUUCCCAGGGACUGAAGUAACACAGAUGCGCCUAUAAUUUUCUGGAUCCUCUCUGAAGUCCUUCUUGUAGAUAGGAGUGACACUAGCCUUUUUUCAAUCUUCUCAGAUGUCCUCCAAAUUCCACAACUCGAAAAUUAUGGAGAGUGGCCUUGAAGCUGUAUCAGCCAGCUUUCCUUGAUUUGAUACUGUCAGAGUGCAUCAAUGUGUAGAGGUCAAGGUAGUGUAAUAGUUCACGUACCAUCCUUUCCUUCUCAGAUAGUGGGUCUGUGUUUGCAUCAGCCAGGAUUUUUUUUUUCUCAAGGCCUGGUAUUGGUGAAAGGACAUGGGUGAAGAAAGUGUUGAGUACCUCUGCCAUUUCAGCCUUGUUGGUGACUAAUUCAUCUCUUCUGUUAAACAGCAGGCAAAUACUUUCCUUCUGUCUCUGCUUGUUUACAUACCUGUCCUGGUUUCAACUGGCAUAGAAUUUAUUUUCAUCCUCAUAGCUGGCACAGUGCUGUGGUUUAAAUUGGUAUGAGAAUAAUGUUAAUUGCACCCUAAUGAUUUAGUUCUCGCUAAUUUGCAUUUGUCCUACAUCAAAGACCUUUUGGUGUCCUGUACUCUGCCAGUGAGAAGGUCCACAAGAAGCUGUGAGGGGCCAGGACCACUGACCCCAACUGGUCAAAGGGAUAUUCCAUACCAUGGAAGGCCCUGCUCAGUACAUGAACUGGUGGGGGGUAGCAGCUGGGAGGGACCUAUUGGUGCUUGGGGGUAGACUGAGGUCAGUGGGUGCUAAGCAAUUGUUUUGUGUAAUUGCUUGUUUCUUGGGUUUUGUUCCUCUCUCUUCCUGUUAUCAUUUUACUUUAUUAUAUUUCAAUCAUUAAACUUUUCUUAUCUCA